GGGUACUGUUUAUAAAGACUGAGUCAGUGCCGAAACUCAUCAAUGCGGCUCUACCAGGACUGACAGAGACUUCCAAUCACAGCCAUGGAGUCUCCAGUGGUUCUACUGCUGUGCUUCAGCUUCUCUGUAGUAACUGUUUCGACACAGGACAUGUUCCUGGUGACGGCUCCCAGUGUGUUUCAUGUGGGAGUGAAGGAGCGUGUAUCUGUUCAGUUACCCUCCAGCCUGCUCAAUCAGCCUGUACUUCUCUACUUGGAACAUGAGACCAGUGGGCUGCUGAUGUCCAAUAGGGCUACUUUUCAGAUGACCCAAGAGAAACAAAUUGGAGUUGUAGAACUCGAGGUGGACAGAGAGAAAAUGUCAAGCCUUCCUACGUUGAACCCAACACCGUUCUACUUGGCACUUGUGUGUGAGAUCAGACCUGGUCAGAGGGAGAUGGUCAGAGUGCUGGUUUCUCAACACAGGGGCUACAUCUUCAUCCAGACAGAUCAGCCUGUCUAUACCCCCACACAGACAGUGAAAUACAGGAUUUUUACCCUGGAUCACUCCAUGAGGCCCCAUGCCGAACCCAUAUCCAUCUCUGUUUUUAAUGCUGGUGGGAACAGGGUGACAUCGUGGACUGUAAGAGAAGCAGAUGGGAUCUACUCCAGGAAACUGAACAUUCCUGAUGUCUCUGAACCAGGUGUGUGGAGGAUUGUGGCUCACUAUCAAGGGGAUGAGAAGAACGCCGCCACCCGAGAGUUUCAAGUAAAGAAAUUUGGUGAGGAAGACAUGUGUCGUGCUCAUCUUCCUACGCCUUUUAUACUGGUUUUUCCCCCAGAAUAAAAAUUUGCACUCCAUUA